UAAUAUUUGUCGGCGUAGGUGACAGACAGCUGCAAAACAAGAAGAAGACAAUUGCAGAGAAAUUUUUUUGUUUGUUGAUGUUACCGCAAAACGCGUUUUUUAAUAAAAUAUUAAAUAAAAAUUGAAUUAAGUGUUAAAAAACAUGGAUUCCGAUUUAUAUGAUGAAUUUGGCAACUAUAUAGGUCCCGAUUUAGACAGUGAUGAAGAUGACGAUCAAAGUAUUUAUGGUCAACAGGAUCAACAAGAUGAUCAUGAUGAAGAAGCCAUGGAUGAGGAAGAGGAGCACAAUGAAGACGAAGAUAAAGAGGUAACUGCUGUGGUAUUACAUGAGGACAAACGUUAUUAUCCCACAGCUGUGGAAGUCUAUGGACCCGAUGUGGAGACUAUAGUGCAAGAAGAGGAUGCCCAGCCUUUAGAUAAACCCUUAAUAGAACCCGUCAAGAAAUUGAAAUUUCAAAUUAAAGAACAAGAAUUACCCGAUACUACGUACAACAUGGAAUUUAUGGCCGAUCUUAUGGACACACCUCCCCUUAUACGUAAUGUGGCUCUAAUCGGUCAUUUACAUCAUGGCAAAACAACAUUUGUCGAUUGUCUUAUACGUCAAACACAUCCACAAUUUGAAAUGAAUGAAGAACGUUCUUUGCGUUACACGGACACUUUGUUUACCGAACAGGAACGUGGAGUUAGUAUUAAAGCAACCCCCGUUACUUUGGUUUUGCAGGAUGUUAAGCAGAAAAGUUAUUUAAUGAAUAUAUUUGAUACUCCCGGUCACGUUAACUUUUCCGACGAGAUAACAGCUGCCAUGCGUAUGUGUGAUGGUGUGGUGGUAUUUGUUGAUGCCGCCGAAGGUGUAAUGUUGAAUACGGAGAGAUUGUUGAAACAUGCCGUUCAGGAGAAAAUGGCCAUAACAUUGUGUAUUAAUAAGAUCGAUCGCUUAAUCUUAGAACUAAAACUGCCUCCCCAAGAUGCCUAUUUCAAACUCAAACACAUUGUAGAAGAAGUCAACAGUUUGCUGAGCACUUACGGCAAUGCCGAAGAAACUACUUUGGUAUCGCCCAUCUUGGGUAAUGUUUGUUUUGCAAGUUCUCUAUAUGGCUUUUGUUUUACAUUGAAAUCUUUUGCCAAAUUAUAUGCUGACACCUAUGAGGGAGUUAAUUAUGUAGAAUUUUCGAAAAGACUCUGGGGCGAUAUGUAUUUCCAUAGCAAAUCACGUAAAUUCACUAAAAAACCUCCCCACAAUUCGGCUCAACGCAGUUUUGUUGAAUUCAUUUUGGAGCCUAUGUACAAAAUAAUAGCCCAGGUGGUGGGUGAUGUAGAUACCACUUUAGCCGAUACUUUGGCCGAGUUAAAUAUACGCAUUACCAAGGAAGAAAUGAAAUCAAAUAUACGUCCUCUACUGCGUUUGGUUUGUAAUCGCUUUUUGGGUGAUUUCAGUGGUUUUGUCAAUAUGUGUGUGGAACACAUAAAAUCUCCUUUGGAUAAUGCUAAAACCAAAGUAGAUCAUAUUUUUACCGGUCCCAAAGAGGGUGAUAUGUACCGUGAUAUGAUUGAGUGCAAUCAGAAUGGUUCACUAAUGGUACACAGUUCAAAAAUGUAUCCCACCGAUGAUUGCACAUUUUUCCAGGUUUUGGCUCGUGUUGUUUCUGGUACAUUGCAUGCUGGACAAGAAGUACGUGUUUUGGGUGAAAACUAUACUUUACAAGAUGAAGAAGAUUCACGAAUUCUGCAAGUUGGUCGCUUAUGGGUGUAUGAGGCUCGCUAUAAAGUUGAAUUAAAUCGGGUGCCAGCCGGUAAUUGGGUUCUCAUAGAGGGCAUAGAUCAGUGUAUAGUUAAAACUUCAACUAUAGUGGAUGUUAAGGCCACGGAAGAUUUGUACAUCUUUAGACCUUUGAAAUUUAAUACACAAAGUAUUAUUAAGAUUGCUGUUGAGCCUGUCAAUCCCUCUGAAUUACCCAAAAUGUUAGAUGGUUUACGUAAAGUCAACAAAUCUUAUCCCUUAUUAUCCACUCGAGUAGAGGAGUCUGGAGAACAUGUUAUUUUGGGCACUGGUGAACUAUAUUUGGAUUGCGUUAUGCAUGAUUUGCGUAAAAUGUAUUCUGAAAUCGAUAUAAAAGUUGCUGAUCCUGUUGUGGCUUUUUGCGAAACUGUAGUAGAAACUAGUUCCUUGAAAUGUUUUGCUGAGACGCCAAAUAAGAAAAAUAAAAUCACCAUGAUAGCAGAGCCCUUGGAAAAGGGUUUGGCAGAAGAUAUCGAAAAUGAAGUGGUUUCAAUAAAUUGGAAUAAGAAAAAAUUGGGAGAAUUUUUCCAAGUGAAUUAUGAUUGGGAUUUAUUGGCCGCCAGAUCUAUAUGGGCAUUUGGUCCCGACAACACUGGACCUAAUAUUUUGGUAGAUGAUACUUUACCUUCGGAGGUAGAUAAAAACUUAUUGACUUCUGUUAAAGAUUCCAUAGUGCAAGGUUUUCAAUGGGGUACCAGAGAAGGUCCCUUAUGUGAAGAGCCUAUUCGUAAUGUUAAGUUUAAAAUACUUGAUGCUGUUAUAGCCAAUGAGGCUUUACACAGAGGUGGUGGUCAGGUCAUACCUACCGCUAGACGUGUAGCAUACUCUGCAUUCCUUAUGGCAACUCCUCGUCUAAUGGAACCAUAUUUAUUUGUGGAAGUGCAAGCUCCCGCAGAUUGUGUGUCAGCUGUUUAUACGGUAUUGGCUAGAAGAAGAGGUCAUGUUACCCAAGAUGCUCCAGUUUCGGGUUCACCUAUCUAUACCAUAAAAGCUUUUAUACCCGCCAUUGAUUCCUUUGGUUUUGAAACCGAUUUACGUACCCAUACUCAAGGUCAAGCCUUCUGUUUGUCCGUCUUUCAUCAUUGGCAAAUUGUACCCGGUGAUCCUUUGGAUAAAUCUAUUGUCAUACGUCCACUUGAACCUCAACAGGCCUCACAUUUGGCUAGAGAAUUUAUGAUUAAAACACGAAGACGUAAAGGUUUAUCUGAGGAUGUUUCUAUUAAUAAAUUCUUCGAUGAUCCUAUGUUGUUGGAAUUGGCUCGUCAAGAUGUUUUACUAAAUUAUCCUCUAUAAGAAUAUGUGCUAUGCAUUUUUAUAUAACAAAUAUAUUUACGUAUAUUUAAGAUUCUGUUUUUAAAUAAAGUUAGUAAAACAGUA